GGGGGAUGUCGCUGCCGCGGCUGGAGAAGCCCAUCAAGCAGGCCUUCUACAACACCGGGGCGCUGCUGUUCGCGGGGCUGUGCUGCGGCGCCGCCGUGCUCGUGUACUUCAUCCUGGAGGCGUUCCUGCGGCCGCUGCUCUGGGCCGUGCUCUGCGGCACCUUCCUGCACCCCUUCAAGACCUCGCUGACGGCGCUGGGGCGGCGCUGGCUCGGCCGCCUGCACCGCUCCCGCACGCCGCUGGCCGCCCUGCUGCUGCCCAUCUGCUUCGCCAACUACGGCGUGGAGGCGCUGGGCGAGCAGGUGCUGCGGCGGCGGCGGCUGCUGCUGCUGCUUGGCGCCGGGGGCCCGCUGCUACUGCUGGGCGCCGGGGGCCCGCUGCUCUACGGGCUCUACUGCCUGGGCAGCUCCCUGGGCGUGCAGGUGCUGCUGGCACAGGCCGCCCGCAUCAUCUGCCAGGGGCUCGACUACUUCAGCAGCCAGUGGAUAUGGACAUUGGUGGUUGGUUACCUGCUAAUGGUUUCAUUCAAGUGGAAUGUAAGCACUGAACGUUACUUAAAAGCAGUCUCUGUUCCUGUCUGGAUUAUGCUGCUCUUUCACUUAGCUUCUGUGGCAGGUUCCUGGAGAAUUCCUGUAUUUCUGGUUAUAGUUGUUCUGAUGACAGUAGGCAUGUUGCAUGAACAGCAGAAUGGAAAGGAGUCUUCUGGGGCAGAGCUUCCUGGUCAGAUGAUUUCCAUUGCUGCUUCAACAAUUGCCAUGGCAAUUUCAAUGACAGAAGAUGAGUCCAAUAAUGAGCAUUCCUCCCAACCCUCAGGAGCAACAGCAGAAGGUGAUCAGCCUCCACCUCCACGAGCUUCAUCAUCUUUCAGCACCUCCUCUUCAUCAUCUGGGAACAGACAAAGACCUGAGAUUGGAUCUUUUCUUAGAAAAAAGAAAACUAGUGAUAUUUACUUUGUUACUCUUGUGUGGGCCAUUGUCAUUGUUCAGAUCUGGCUAAAUUUUUGGAUUGUGCAGCUAUUGCCAGUGCCUUUUGCAGUGUGGGCACUUAAAAAAUUCGUGGUUCAUUUUGGAGUUUUGAACUUCAUGGCAAACCACUGCAGAAGUUGGUGGCAGCUCGUUGAAAAUUUUGUGAAAGAGCGUCAGGAAGCUCUUGCUCCACGGCCCAUCAGAGGACUUGGAAGUGUUAUGAUAAAGCUUGACAGUAAGCUGUGGCACUGGCUUAAUAAGAAGAUUAUCGUGUGGUUGGAGAAAAUGCUAGAUAAAAUAAUCAGCAUUUUCAUAAUAUUUUUGCUGGUGAUUGGAACCCUUCUGCUAGCUCUUCUCCUUACUGCAAAGGUACAUCAAGAGAGUGUUCACAUGAUUCACGUCACAAGCAGCUUGAUCAAUGAGACAGUAGCCAGUCACCCAGAAUGGGCAAACUGGCUGCCAGAAGCCCAGGUCAUUCAGAAGGCACUCAAUUCUGCAGCUAACAACGUAUAUCAGUAUGGCCGAGAAUGGAUCACACACAAGCUCCAUAAGAUUUUAGGAGAAAAAGUAAAUAACACUGCAGUGAUUGAAAAACAAGUGCUGGAGCUCUGGGACAGGCUUUAUCACUCUUGGUUUGUGAAGAACGUAACACAUUCUGGAAGACACAAAGGGCACAAGUGGCACAUAAACCGUCAAAACAGCUGGCUUGGAGAUAUUCUGGACUGGCAGGAUGUCGCAUCAUUUGUUCACGAUAACAUCGAGACAUUUCUCUCGAUCCUAGAGUCUCUGUGGAUAGUGAUGAGUCGCAAUGUGAGCCUCUUAUUUACUACAGUUACAGCAUUAGUGACAAUCCUCUUCCACAGUGGGACAGCUCUUCUCAAUUUUGUGCUUUCAGUGGUGAUUUUUCUGACCACGCUGUUCUACCUGUUGAGCUCCAGUGAUGAGUAUUACAAGCCAGUAAAAUGGGUGAUAAGCCUGACACCUUUGUCUCAGCCAGGUCCCUCCUCAAAUAUAGUUGGCCAAUCUGUGGAGGAAGCAAUAAGAGGUGUGUUUGAUGCUUCCCUCAAAAUGGCUGGGUUCUAUGGACUCUACACUUGGCUGACUCACACUAUAUUUGGGAUUAACAUAGUCUUCAUACCAUCUGCAUUAGCAGCAAUCCUUGGAGCAGUGCCAUUUCUGGGGACAUACUGGGCAGCAAUCCCUGCAGUCCUAGAUUUGUGGCUUGUGCAAGGACAGGGAUGCAAAGCCCUUUUGCUCCUGGUUUUUCACCUCUUGCCAACAUAUUUUGUAGAUACAGCAAUUUAUUCAGAUAUAUCAGGAGGUGGUCACCCUUACCUGACUGGCCUCGCAGUAGCUGGAGGAGCAUAUUACCUGGGACUGGAAGGGGCCAUCAUAGGACCAAUUCUACUUUGUAUACUUGUGGUUGCUUCCAAUAUAUAUAGUGCCAUGUUGGUGAGUCCAACAAAUUCUGUGCCCACUCCAUCGCAAGCAACGUGGCCAUUACAGAUUUACCGGUCACCUAGAGAGAGUCCCGAGGAGAUGAAAACGUCUGCAGAGUGAUGGAGGUGCUGGGCUGCACCUACAGCUUGAGGGAAUCUCUGUCUUCUGUCUUGGGUUCACAACAGCCAUGGCCUUCUGUCCGUUCCCAGCUGUGCCUGGGGCAGCUCACAGGGCAGCGUAGAUUGGGUUUUAGGAGAAAGCACUAGAACAUCUGCUGGCCUUACAUUAUUUUGUAUGCAAAAUGCACUUUGCCUCUUCGAGAGAGAAUGUCUACUUCCCAUGGCUUUGCAUACCAUCACACAGUCAGCUGCCUUGUUGAAGGCUUUGAAGACCUUCUUUCUUAUCAAAAGAAUAGUUAAGAGGACAGGUACAUCCACUGGAGUCAUUAUCUUGUCUGCUGAAAUUACUAACUUGGCUUUUAUUUAUUGGGUUAUUUGUCUUAUUAAACUGUAGUAGCUUUAAAGAAAGCUGUAAUUCCAAAAUAUUUAUUUUUAGGCAAUUUGGUGGCAAAAGAAGGGCAAACCACUCAUUGUCAAAUGAAAGUAUAAUAUAAUAGUUUGUUCCUCCUCAAGGUGUUUCUCUAUAUGCUUCAACUGUCAUCUGUAACUCAUAAUAACACUUAAAUAUUAUUCUCUUACAUGCACUGAAACUUAAUGUUGUUGGAGAGUGGUAUUUUUAAUACCUUCCUGAUAUUAAUAGAAAUGCAAACUAUUAAAUGUGGGUUUUCCUCUUAUUGGCAUAGGAGGACUUGUUUAAGUACCUUAAAUCUUGCCCCCAUUUGCAGCAAAACCUGAUAGUAUUUUGCUGUUUAUCCACCCUCCCAGUGGAGUCGUCAACUAAAUUUAAUCAAAGGCCUUAAGUGUUUUCAGGCAGUAGUAAUGUAGGAUGAUCACAUCUCCUUCCAUUAAUUGGAAGAAGUUUAAUGGGGAUUGUUUAAUGUUGGUUUCCAGAUGCUGUGGCUGAGUUCAAUUCACUUUUUAAACAAAUUUUACUACCAGAAAGAAAGGGCUGAGAGCAUGGAUUUUGGUAUAGUUUAGUUGGAGUUUUUUAACCUUGUAAGCAUCUGGCCAAAUGUCUUACUGAGAUAUGGGAGAUAUCUUAAUAUAUUGAAGUAUGUCUUACUAAUAAACAAAGAUCCUAAAUUUCUGAAAUGUGUUGCCUAGCAUCAGAUCCUCUAGUUUUUCUUCCAUAUGUAAUUUUGCUUUAAAUGCAGCUUUGGUGACAUUUAAGGCCUUUUGUAUUGCUUGUCAAAACAUUUUGACAAAAUGGAUCUUUAUAAAUGGAUCCUUUUUGUAAAUGGGAAGUGGGUUUUUUUUUGGUAAAUACUUCAUACUUGCACAGCUUUUCCACAAAUCCAGUGAGGCCCUAGGUACAAAGUAGCAGAUGCACUUGCUUAACCAAAGAACCACCAUUCAGUUUCCAGUAACUUGAAUUGAUUUCAGAGUUUGGUUGAUAAUGAGUUGUUCAAAAUACAAGCAUGCCUUGUAUUUCUUCUUGACAGUAAUUUAAUGCUUGAAACAAAGGGAUCUUAUCCAGGGAUAAGGAUAUCUAAGGUGUGUGCACAAACAGCUUGCAGUAACUGAGAUGUUUGUUUUACUUGACUUCUAGAAGUGCUGACAGAUUUGGAAUAGAUGAUAUUGCAUGUAUUUUUACAUUGUUUUGAAAAAUACAUUGCCAUGUGAAGUUUGGAAAGUAUUCUGAUAACUGAGUAAAGAAGAAAGUCCUACUAUAGGAUUGUAAUAAACAGACUGCCUAACAAGACACAAAUAGUCUGCUCCUGAGAUUCUCAAAAUAAGCUGCUGCAAUUUCACUGAUGAAAUUGUAUGUUUUAAGUGAGAGGGGUUAAGUAUGCUCUUAGUACACACUUGCAGGUAUGUGCUUAAGAGACAGACUUGGGCUUAAUUUAGUAGGUUGACUCAGGUUUAUCAAAAUAUGGAAACAUCCCAUUUGAUAUUUUAAAUUCUGAAAAAUCUACACAUCACUUUAACGAAUUGAAUAAGAAGAAUGUGUUGCUUGAAUCAAGUAUCUGUCUUAUUUCCUUGGUUUUGUGACUUAUGAAAAAGCUGAAAUCAAACACAUUUUUAUAAUUGUUGCUGGCUAGGCUGGAGGAUGUGGGAAAUCCUGAGGCUUUCCUAAAAUACUCCUGCAGCUUUCUAACCAGCUGGAAUGAGACCACCAUGAUAUUUAGGCAACUUCUUUAUUGUAUCCUUUUUUUUUUUUUUUAGUCCACAAUUUUGCACUGAAUUGUUAUGUUCUUGUUGUAGCUUCUUGUAGGCAGCAUUUAAAGCACCUCUUUGCUCACUGGUCAAGACCUGCUUAUUGUCCACAUUUGCUAUCCCAUUUUCUGAGACAAUCUUUCAUACUCCUGUGGUACUCGACUUAGUAAUUUAAAGAAGUCAUUAAAAAGCAUUAUUUUGUUUGGUUUUUUCUUCCCCUUCAACUGGUUGCCUUAGCUCAAAGAAGAGUCUCUGCUAUGAAGAUCAAAACCAUGAUUGAGACACUGUUAACUUCAGUAAUGCAAAUGAGUAAAAUUGCCUGAGAAGAUAACACUGCUGUUUUGAAAUGUUCCUUUUCCAAAUUAUUUUAUAGAGAGAAUUCACCUCUGAUGGACUGUUGUUUAGUUUGUCCUCCUUUGAAAUGAGGCUUAAUUUUGAUGUUCUCUAUUCCAAAUUCAACUCAGAUUUGCCAUGAAGAACAAUCCAUAGUACAUCCUUACUCAGUAAAUGUAGCUUCAGGAGCUCUUGCUGUAACAUAUACUGCCAAAAAGAAAAGAAAAAUAAGGAGCAAAACUUCCGAUAACACCUUCUUGAAAUAGGAAAUAGUCACUGUUUUUCACCAUGUUUAGCAAAAAAACACAAAAAACCCCAAAUCCACAAAUACCACCUUUUGAAAGUGUGUAUGUUGAUUAUUUGGGUUCUGUGUUUAGCAAGUGUCUAAUUACCAGCAGAAAUAAACGACUUUGCCAUUGGGUAUUUAGCAAUCUCUAUUAUUUUCUGAGCCUUUCUACGAAGAUCCCACAACAACAAUCACCAACCAACAAAAAAAGCCCCACCACUCUCUGCAGUGCAGUUUUCUUAGGAGAGACCAUCUUUUCUGUCAUUCCAGGAGCAGGUACUUACUGAGUGUAUUUAGUACAUUUAAUGUUCAAUGAUUCAGAGUUCAGAAGGAAAUGCUCAUAGUAAUGCAAGACAAUGGGGUCUUAUGGUAUGGUGAAAUUCAGCUGUGCUGGUUUUUAUCAUUCUCCUUGGGGAAAUCAGGCUUGCUGCAUUUAAGUGUAGUGUCCAAAGGGCUGGUGCUCUUUCUGGCACUCGAGUCUGAGUUAGCCUUUCCUGCCUGUACCUUGGCUGACCACUGCUCUAGCAGAGCUGGCAGAGGUGACUGUGUGCCAGUUCACAGCCCAGCAUGUUAGCUUCAGGUCACUGUAAAUACUGGCUUAAUUGGAACCGUGAAGGAGCAAACUGCAAUGGACAAGAAUCUGGCACACAUUCAUUCUGCCAGCCUUACUGCAAUAUGGUGGCUUUCAGCACAGGUGCACUGUGACCAGUUGGGAAAAGAAAUGACUUAUUUUGAAAGGCUGCUUAGAAAAAAAUAAUUUAACAUUAUAAUAAUACAUAUGAUGCACAUUUUUCAGAAGUUAAGUUGAUACCUAUGUGUGGUCUUCCGUGCACUGUGUGUGUGCCAGUUAUCUAUGGUACAUUUAGGCUUCUCUGAUUUGAAGCUCUAUGUGCCUUCCCUUAAGACACAGGGAAGGAGGAUAUACUGGAUGUGUAUUUUGUCAGUGAUUAUCGGAGUAGGAAAUCCAUAAUCUGUUUAAUUAAAAUAAGAAAAAAGCAUUGUUUGGGGAAAAUUGGAUGCUGUCUUCAGUAUUAUCCAUGGUGGGUAAAUGUAACUUUUGAAAUAGGUGUUUUGCUGCAAUGUUAAACAUUGUUUUUCAGAAAGCCUGAAAAAACAAAACUGGAUGAAAUUGUUCUCCAGUAAAAGCAGCAGUUGAAUCCUUAGUACUAGGAAUACUGCAGUGUUCCCUUUCCUAUGGGUGGGAUACACUGAGGAUGGAAAUGUACUAUUAUUCUACUGAGAUAGCUUUGCAUCAUUGGUAGUGGGUGUUUCCACAGCUGCCUUUAUUCAAGUAUUGUGUUUGUAUUAUAUUGACUUAAAUUUGUCGCUUGGAUAGUGCCACCUUCAUGGAUGCUGUCUCUAGAAAUGGCUGUAAUUUCCUUUGAAGGAACUGAAGGGUGUUGGGAUUGGAGGUAGCAUUCUUCUACAGGUGCAGUUGCUUACCUUGAAGUUUGCAAUUUUACAAGAGAAAACUGAUUUGCCGGAUAAUCUUUAUUGAGUGCCAGCUGACAUCUCUUAAAUCCAUGGAUGCAUCAUCUUUAUAAACUCUGUAUUGACUUGUAUUUCCUACACUUUUUGCUGAAGCGAGCUUUGACAAUUUCCUUAUUAUUGCUAUUUGUACAAAACUAGAAUUACUUAAAACUCUUAACAAGCAUUAGGGAGACUUGAUCUUUAACCUGGUACUGUCUGUCUGUCAGUUUUACUAAGGUACCUUAAUGCUUUAUGGUAAAAUUUUCUGAAAUUGCUUUUAAGUGAUAAAAUUGGAAACACAAAAAAAAAAGUGGAAAAUUAAUUUGGUGUUUGGAAACGAGAAACAAUGCCAGAAGUCAUAAACAUAUUCAGGGAUUCUACAUUUGGUUUGUAAAUGUAUAUAUUGAUAUGUAGUGUUAUCUAAAUAUUGGGAGUCACUGUCCUAUUCAGACUUUACCUGAAAUUUUGUCCUUUUUUUUUUUUUGAGAUACCUGAGAACAAAAUAGUGCCUGUAUGUAAUGAAAACAAGCAACAUUUUCUACAAUUCAUGUUUACUUGAUACAGAUAAAGGAAGAGCCAAGCAAAUCCUGGUAGUGUGACUACCACUGUUUUAUUGUAGUUCAUAUAAAGUAGGGAAAAGCUGCUAGUAAUGCACUGCUGAGAGAUUGCUGUUCCUAGAAGUAUUUGCACACAUCUUCUUCUAGAAAAGUUGCCAAAAUUAAUAGAUCAUGAAAUACAUCUUCAGUUCCCCAGAUUCUUAAACUCAUCCACACGUCCUCUGGUAUCUUGUUUGGAAUAUGGUUUAGUACAUGAGAGUAUUGCUUCCAUCCCCUUUUGGGAAUUGAUUCUAGGACCUGAAGGUAUAUGUCAAAUGCCCAUACUGAAAUAUAAUGUCAAAUUCAGGAGGGAAGUGCUAAUUGGAAGUAAAUGCACCCUUGAUCUGCUCUGCAUAUGGAUGGACAAAUAUAAUUCAGCUUGCAUUGAAUUGAAGAGUAAUUUUUUAAAUACAAGUACUAUUUGGUGACAGCAAGGCCAGGUUUGAGUGAGAAGCAGGGCAGAUUUGCUUGCAGCAGGGUGAAUAAAGCAGGGUAAG